AAAUGAAUGAGCUUCAAAAUUGAAAGUUCAGCUUGUAAAUAGAAGGGCAGACAGACGUAAACAACACAUGGCAGCAGUAUCAGCCAGACGGUGACAGCUGACGAAGAAUCUAGAAAAACUCAUCUCAGUUUUCCGAGAUUUUUUGCUGCGAAGAAACAUAAUCUGUAAGGCAGGAUGGUGUUAGCAGAUUUAGGCCGUAAGAUCACUUCGGCUCUAAAGUCCCUCAACAAUGCCACAAUCAUCAAUGAGGAUGUUCUCAAUGACCUCCUCAAAGAGAUCUGUGCUGCACUGCUUGAAUCUGAUGUCAACAUUCGGCUAGUGAAACAACUCAGGGAAAAUGUGCGAUCAGCCAUUGAUUUUGAUGAGAUGGCCGGUGGCCUAAAUAAACGGCGGAUGAUCCAGACCACUGUCUUCAAGGAGCUUGUUAAGCUUGUGGACCCAGGGGUGAAGCCUCAUAUUCCUGUCAAGGGACGGCCCAAUGUUAUUAUGUUUGUUGGUCUUCAGGGUUCUGGUAAAACAACAACUUGUACAAAACUGGCAUAUUACUACAUGAAAAAGGGAUGGAAGACCUGUCUUGUAUGUGCUGAUACCUUCCGUGCAGGUGCUUUUGAUCAGGUGAAGCAGAACUGUACCAAGGCCCGCAUACCCUUCUAUGGCAGUUAUACAGAGGUUGAUCCAGUUGUAAUAGCUUUGGAUGGUGUUGAACAAUUCAAGAAAGAAGGUUUUGAAAUCAUAAUUAUAGAUACAUCUGGUCGACACAAGCAGGAGGAUUCCCUAUUUGAAGAAAUGUUACAAAUCUCCAAUGUUUGUAAACCUGACAACAUCAUUUUUGUGAUGGAUGCCAGCAUUGGGCAGGCUUGUGAAUCUCAAGCAAGAGCCUUUAAGGAGAAAGUUGAUGUUGGUUCUGUCAUCAUCACCAAACUUGAUGGCCAUGCCAAGGGUGGUGGAGCAUUGUCUGCUGUGGCUGCCACACAGUCUCCUAUAAUUUUCAUUGGUACUGGUGAACAUAUUGACAAUUUUGAGGAAUUCAAGACCAAGCCAUUCAUCUCCAAGCUGCUGGGCAUGGGAGACAUUGAGGGUCUCAUUGAGAAGGUAAAUGACCUGAAACUUGAAGACAAUGAAGCUCUCAUAAAGAAACUCCAGCAUGGCCACUUCACACUGCGGGAUAUGUAUGAGCAGUUCCAGAAUGUGAGGAAGAUGGGUCCCAUGUCACAGAUUAUGGGUAUGUUGCCUGGGUUCAGCACAGACUUCCUGACCAAGGGAGGUGAGCAAGAGAGUAUGGCACGGCUCAAGCGGCUCAUGACCAUCAUGGACAGCAUGACAGAUGAAGAACUGGACAGUCUGGAUGGCAACAAGCUCUUCCAGAAGCAAGGAAAUCGCAUCAGCCGAGUGGCACGAGGAGCUGGAGUGAUGGAGUUUGAAGUGAAGGACCUCCUUAAUCAGUAUGCCAAGUUUGCACAGAUGGUCAAGAAGAUGGGAGGAAUGAAGGGUCUUUUCAAAGGAGGUGAUAUGUCCAAAAACGUGAACCAGACACAAAUGAACCAGCUUAACCAACAGAUGGCCAGGAUGAUGGAUCCUCGGGUGCUUCAACAGAUGGGAGGUUUUAAGGGUUUAGAGUCUAUGAUGAAGCAACUUCAACAGGGAGGAGGUCCAAUGGGCAUGGGCAAAAGUCCCUUCAAGUGAACGUUGUUUCCUUUCCUUGCGUUGCUUUGUGAUAAUGGUGUGGUAGGUAAAAUGAAGGUCCUUAUAUCAUGGUUAGUUUUCAUACGAGUUUUUCUACAAUAAGUAAAUAUACCCAUAUUUUAGAUGUUUCGUAUAUUGAAGGGACAUUAUUUAGACAUUGAUGAAUUAAUUACAAAUAUUCUGAAAAUAAAACACUUCAUUGUGAACUUUCAUUGUUUUCCCAGGUAAUAGAGAAUACAGGCAAUACAAACUUGUGAUUAUCUAUCUAUUUAUACUAGGCUAACAUCACCUGUGGAGGAGGAGUAAUCAAGACAAUGUAUGCACUGUACACACACACACACACUAGAUAAAUAUGGUUAUGGAGACAGGACAAAAUGAGCUUUGGCUUGUGCCCUGUACAAUACAACUAGAUAAAUACACACACGGUUCAGUGGAGACCAUCCAGACUUGCCACUUGACAGGUGAAUGCUGAAACCCUGCUCAGGUUGCAAAGAUUUUCACUGACAAUGGGCUGUUACAGUCUUCCUUGAGUAAGACGAUAGGAUGUGUGGUUUGUACAAAGCCUCAGCCUUACCCACAGAUAGGUCUCAGGAGAAGAGUUGUCCUUUAAAUGGAAGGACAGUCUUAAUAGGCCAGAGAGAGAGAGAGAGAGAGAGAGAGAGAGAGAGAAUUAAGAUGCAAGUUGGUCCUUUCAUCAACAUAAGUGAAAACACCGUGAGAGAGAGAGAGAGAGAGAAUUAAGAUGCAGGUCAGUCCUUUACUCAGCAUGAAUAAGUGAAAACACCACAUGAAAGAGAGAGAGAGAGAGAGAGAGAGAUGCAGGUUGGUCCCUUCCUCAGCAUGAAUAAGUGAAAACACCAUGAGAGAGAGAGAGAGAGAUGCAGGUUGGUCCUUUCCUCAGCAUGAAUAAGUGAAAACACCAUGAGAGAGAGAGAGAGAGAGAGAGAGAGAGAGAGAGAGAGAGAGAGAGAGAGAGAGAGAGGAUGGACUUAGAGGUUAAGGAGAUAGGAGUGUAUACUAGUGGAGUGUAUGGACAAAUGUGAAAGGAAAAUCUUCAUUUGUGACCAUUCUCUUCAAGAAGUCUCAAAGGAUAGAUGUUGGAAUGCAUUAGAUUAAUUAACAUAGUACAAUUUCUGUGAGGAAAUACUUGUGAACAUGCUUAUAAAUGUGAUUAUAUGCAUGUAAAUACUUGACCAUCCUCUCAAACAGUGGCUGCUGACUUGGUAUAGUAUAAAUAGAAAGAUAUACAAGGCAAUUUUUGUUAUUUAUGUACAAGGGAAACUAAAAAAAAAAUAUAUAUAUAUAAUUUU